AUGACACACAAGAUUCACCGGUGGAACAUCACUCACCGGCUCGAGAAGCGCUCCUUGCUCAUCGCGAUCAACUGCAUGGCUGGACUGUCCAUCUUCUUCUUCGGCUAUGACCAGGGCAUGAUGGGAGGCGUGAACAACGCCAAACACUACAUCGAGCUCAUGGGCAUCGGGCACACCGAGACCGUCAACGGAUCCAAGAACAGCCCCGUCAUCACCGACAGUCUGCUCCAGGGAGGCAUCGUCUCGGUGUACUAUCUCGGUACCUUGGUGGGAGCGCUGGCCGGUGGCAUGGUGGGUGACAGGAUAGGCCGGAUCAGGUCUAUUGCGCUAGGCGCUGUCUGGGGGGUUAUCGGGGCAGCGUUGCAGUGCUCUGCGCAGAACCAUACCUGGAUGAUUCUCGCCCGCUUGAUUAACGGGGUGGGCACCGGAAUUCUGAAUGCGAUUGUUCCGGUGUGGGCGACGGAGACGGCAGAGCACAAGUCUCGUGGCCAGUUCAUCGCCAUUGAGUUCACGCUCAAUAUCUUUGGGGUCGUCGUUGCCUACUGGCUUGAAUUCGGCCUUGCGUUCCUGGAUGACGGCGUAACUGCGUUCCGCUGGCGUUUCCCCAUUGCCUUCCAAAUCAUCCCCCUUCUUCUGUUAUUUGCCAUUGUCUGGCUCUUCCCCGAGUCCCCCAGGUGGCUGGUCAAGACCGGCCGUAACGAAGAGGCCCGCUACAUCCUGGGUAGGCUUCGAGGGAGUGACACAGAAGAGAAUGUCGCACGCGCGGAGGCCGAGUUUAACGAUAUCAAGCAGGUUGCUGCCCUUGAGGAAACAUAUAGCACUUCCUAUCUGUCGAUGUUUACUGGCCGUGGGUCGGGGAAGCUGCAUAUCGGGCGCCGUGUUCACCUGGUCGUCUGGCUUCAGAUUAUGCAGGAAUGGGUUGGUAUAGCUGGGGUUACCAUCUGUACGCUGGCCCUUUGA